GACGGUUGUUUUCCCGGGUGGGGAGGUCUCCGGACUCCUUUCCCUCCGUCCGUCCCUCCGUGGGUCCGCCCGUCCGUCCCCCCGCCCGCCCGCCGACCACCCGGAGAAUUUAUGGAUCGCAGCUCGAAGCGGAGGCAAGUGAAGACCCUGGCAGCCUCCCUGCUAGAAGCUCUAGAUUAUGAUAGUUCCGAUGACAGUGAUUUUAAAGUUGGAGAUGCUUCAGAUUCCGACGGCAGCGGGAACGGCAGCGACGACCCUUCGAAGGACAGCAGCGAGGGCUCCGCCGAAGACAACCCCGUAGAGGAGGAGCGCGGCGAGGAGGCCCGGGAGGAGGACCAGGAGGAGGCGGAGGAGGAGGAGGAGGAGGAGGAGGAGCGGGAACGGCAGCCGCCGUUGAGGCGCGAGGAGGAGGAGGAGGAGGCGGCGGCGGCGGCGGAGGAGGAGGAGGAGGAGGAGGAGGCGAGGGAGGCCGGGGAGGUGGGCGGCGGGCGGGGAGAGGAGGACGGCCAAGAGAAGCCCAAGAGGAAGAAGGAGAAGGAGCGGGCGGCGCCCGGCGAGGCGGCGCCCGGCGGCCCGGCCCCUGAGGACCAGGCCCACGAGCCCAAGAAGUGGAACCUGCGGCGCAACCGGCCCCUGCUGGACUUCGUGUCCAUGGAGGAGCUGAACGACAUGGACGACUACGACAGCGAAGACGACAACGACUGGCGGCCCGCGGCGGCCCGGCGCAAGGGGCGGGCGGCCGCCCAGCGGCAGGGCGCCGACGGGGACGGCCGCGACGAGGGCGAAGACGACGACGACGAGGAGGACGAGGACGACGACGACGACCCCCGCGACCCCCGCAACGGCGGCGGCCCCCCGGCCGGACGCAGGAAGAAGGCCAAGGCGCCCGGGGGGAACGGUGCGGACGACGAGGAACUGACCAAUGAUAGCCUGGCCCUGUCCCACAGCAAGAGUAACGAGGACUCGCUGAUUCUUGAGAAGAGUCAGAACUGGAGCGCCCAGAAAAUGGACCACAUCCUCAUCUGCUGCGUUUGUCUGGGCGACAACAGCGAAGACGCCGACGAGAUCAUCCAGUGCGACAACUGCGGGAUCACCGUUCACGAAGGCUGCUACGGCGUGGACGGCGAGAGCGACUCCAUCAUGAGCUCGGCCUCGGAGAACUCCACGGAGCCCUGGUUCUGCGACGCCUGCAAGUGUGGCGUCUCCCCCAGCUGCGAGCUCUGCCCCAACCAGGACGGCAUCUUCAAGGAGACCGACGCCGGCAGGUGGGUUCACAUCGUCUGUGCCCUCUACGUGCCCGGCGUGGCCUUCGGGGACAUUGACAAGCUGCGCCCCGUCACCCUCACCGAGAUGAACUACUCCAAGUACGGAGCCAAGGAAUGCAGCUUCUGCGAGGACGCGCGCUUCGCGCGGACGGGCGUCUGCAUCAGCUGCGACGCCGGCAUGUGCCGAGCCUAUUUCCACGUCACCUGCGCCCAGAAGGAGGGGCUGCUCUCCGAAGCCGCCGCCGAAGAGGACAUCGCGGACCCGUUCUUUGCGUACUGCAAGCAGCACGCGGACCGGCUGGACAGGAAGUGGAAGCGCAAGAACUACCUGGCCCUGCAGUCCUACUGCAAGAUGUCACUGCAGGAGCGGGAGAAGCAGCUGUCCCCGGAAGCCCAGGCCCGGAUCAACGCCAGGCUGCAGCAGUACCGAGCCAAGGCGGAAGUGGCGCGGUGCAGCCGGCCCCAGGCCUGGGUGCCCCGCGAGAAGCUGCCCAGGCCCCUGACCAGCAGUGCCUCGGCCAUCCGCAAGCUCAUGCGCAAGGCGGAGCUCAUGGGCAUCAGCACGGACAUCUUCCCCGUGGACACCUCCGACACCAGCUCCAGCGUGGACGGCCGCAGGAAGCACAAGCAGCCCGCCCUCACCGCCGACUUCGUCAAUUACUACUUCGAGAGGAACAUGCGCAUGAUGCAAAUCCAGGAAAAUAUGGCCGAGCAGAAGAAUAUCAAAGAUAAACUGGAAAAUGAACAAGAAAAGCUUCACGUGGAGUACAAUAAGCUGUGCGAGUCCCUGGAGGAGCUGCAGAACCUGAACGGGAAGCUUCGCCACGAAGGCCAGGGCAUGUGGUCCCUCCUGGGCCGGAUUGCCGGGCAGAAGUUGAACGUGCCGGCCAUCCUGCGAGCGCCCAAGGAGAAAAAGCCCAGUAAAAAGGAAGGAGGCGUCCAGAAGACCUCGGCGCUCCCGGCCGUCCUCUACAGCUGCGGGAUCUGUAAGAAGAACCACGACCAGCAUCUCCUCCUGCUCUGCGACACCUGCAAGCUCCACUACCACCUGGGCUGCCUGGAUCCGCCCCUCACCCGCAUGCCCCGCAAGACCAAGAACAGCUACUGGCAAUGCUCCGAGUGCGACCAGGCGGGAAGCAGCGACCUGGAGACGGACGUCGCCAUGGAAACCCUCCCCGACGGGACCAAGCGAUCCAGGAGGCAGAUCAAGGAACCGGUCAAGUUCGUCCCCCAGGACGUGCAGCCGGAACCCAAGAAGAUCCCCAUCCGCAACACGAGAACCAGGGGGCGAAAACGAAGCUUCGUUCCUGAGGAAGAGAAACCCGAGGAGCGGGUUCCUAGGGAGAGAAGACAGAGGCAGUCGGUGCUCCAAAAGAAGCCCAAGGCCGAGGAUUUGAGAACUGAAUGUGCCACCUGUAAGGGAACCGGAGACAACGAAAACCUAGUCAGGUGCGAUGAAUGUCGACUCUGCUAUCAUUUCGGCUGCCUGGACCCUCCCUUGAAAAAGUCUCCCAAACAAACAGGCUACGGCUGGAUCUGCCAGGAGUGCGACUCCUCAUCCUCCAAAAUGGAUGUGUCCAGAAAGAUCACCUAUCUCGCCGCGGACCCCUCGCCCACGUCCUGCCUCUGGCCUGGAAAUUUCUCUCUCUUCAGAUCCGACAGACAAUGACU